AACUGCAUUAUGUUUAAGAAUAAAGAAAAUCAUGACGGACACACCUGGCAGUUUUCAUACUCCUCCAACAAGAAGUAAGCGGAAAAAAGCAGUUAAUUCACCUGCUUUGUCAGUUUCUUUUGCAUUACUCCGAGAAAAUGACGAUGCUGAGGAAAAAAGGCUACGAAGGAAAUCAAAAUUGCUUACUAACAACAUAUUAAGUCCUGGUGGUAUACAAAGCUCUCCAGGCAGGAUCUUAACCGCAGAGAAAGAUAAGCGAAGAUCAGUUAACUUGAGCCAUGCUGGAAUGACAAAUGUGCAGCUCAAGGAGCAUUAUGCCAGUUGUAUCAAAUUGUCUUCAGAAAAUAAAAUUAAUGCAAAGAAUGCAUUUGGUCUUCACCUGAUUGAUUACAUGAAGGAUUUACUAAAGCAAAGUCAAAAGGAAGAAACUGGGACAAAUUUCCAAGUUGCUAGUUGUACCCUGGAUGCUGGAGUUAAAAUUUAUGCUUAUCGUGUUGAUUCAGUUCAUACAGAAGCAUAUAAAGUUCUUGGCAGUUUAGGAAGAGCAGUAGAUAAUCAGGAGAAUGACCAAAAUGCAGAUGGUGAAAUGAUGGAAGAAGGUUCACAACAACAACAAACUAAAAAACAGCGCAAGAAAACAGCUGGUAAAACCAUUGAGAAUAACUUAAAAAAUAUCAAUUGUGAGCAGUUUGAUUUGGAUUUUGAAGUUGAUCCAUUUUUCCAUAAGACAUCUGCAGCAUUUGAUGAGGGAGGAACAUCUGGACUCCUAUCAUUUCAGUUGAAGUCUAAAUCUGAUAGGAAUGAUUUAAUGAUGGAUUCUUUAGCAAAUGUUAAUGAUAUCCCAACUGCAACUGUUGGUGAAAGUACACAAGAUAAUGAAAUGGUGGAUUUAUCGAUACUAAGGGAUAUGUAUGGAAAGCUUUCUCUUGACACAAUGGAAAUCUGCCCACCAUUUAGUUCUUUCACAUUCAGCGGAUGGGAUAAGGACUCACAGGACGUUGGGGGAAACCUUAAUUUACCAGAUGAUAGUUUUACUGAAAACAUUCAUAGAUUUGAUGUGAAUGCACCAGUUGUAUCAGACAACAUGGAAAGUUUUGAUGUUGGGGGUGGUACAGAUUUUGAUGGUGGCUCAGAUAAUGAGGACGAACCAUUAAACAGUUUAGGUCCAAUUCAAUUUGAUGGACGUGCUGCAGAAGUAUUGUCAAAUGGCUUGUCAUCACGCACAAUCUUUGACAGUACUGGAUCAACUCACCUAGCCUUAUCUCUUCAGCCCAGUGAAUACUCUUACUUUAGUCAAGAGUUAUUGUCAACCUGGGCGGGUCCAUUGCACUGGAAAGUUAAACCAAAAUCCAAAGACAAAAGUGCUACAACUUCAGAAGGUUCUAAAACUGUCAACAAAAAAUUACCACUUCGAAUCAACUAUGAUGACGAAAUCGACUUAAAGAAAUACUUUACAACUGGCAGAUCUUCAACGCAUUUAAAAGAAUGCACACUAGAGAAAUACGCAGCUCAGAUGACGGUGUUACCACCAGAUUUGCACUACAAAGCAGAAAGUCUUUUCAAACUUUUCCUGCGAGAUUUCAUUACGAUAAAGCGGCAAAUGGAUGCUAAACAAUUAGAAAAUGAAGAUGAUGACUGGUAUGAUUAUAAUAAUAAAAAUGACAGAGAGGGUUUCUGUCCUGCACUUGACGAUGGCGAUGAUGGUUACGAUGAUGAUGACGCGGGUCCGGCGGACAUGUCAUAUAUUGACAUGGCAUCACAACAACCAGCUGAUACAUCUUGUUUAACUGGAGAUAACCUCAUCGCGCCACCGAAUAAGGUUCGGGUAUUGGAUAUAAAUUAUGCUAAGUCAGCGAAACGUAUCGACAUAAAGAAAUUAAAAUCGACCAUGUGGAAAAUGUUGUGCAAAGAUAAACCCUCUGAGAAGGAAAAUAAUGAAAACAACAACCUUCCUAAGCCUUCGAUAGAGAUGGAAGAAAAGGAACCAACUGAAGUUCAGGGGUCUUUCUCUUUUAAAUCCAUGUACGACGCUCUACCUUCCAAAGUGUCGUCAAACAUGGCAAAGAAUCUGUCUGGACCAAUCGCAUUUGUUUGUUUAUUAUAUCUUGCUAAUGAAAAGACUUUGAAGUUGACUGGAAAAGAUGAUAUGAGUGACAUCACGAUCGAGGAAGGAAUAUAAAGACAGUUAUGUGUAUAGAUGGAUGCUUUUUUUAAAUUCUACCGAAAAUCAAAUGAUUUUUUUAUGUCCCCGGUUGCGUACUCAGUCAUAAAGAUUAAAGUCAUUUGAGAGCAUUGACGGAAAAAUGAUAAAAAAUAUAUCAUUCCCCUAAAAUUUCGUGGAUCCCCUCAAGUUUCGUGAACACACUAAAAUUUUGUGGAUCUACUGGAAUUUCUUAGGUCCACUGGAAUCUUAUUGAGCCGCAGAAAUUUUGUGAGUCCCCUAAAGUAAUGUUAAAAUUAUAAUUGUUUUUCCACCGUAAUUUCAAUGUUAAUAAUUUCAAUCGCUAUACAACCAAACUUUAUAAGACAGAGUGACGCGCUAGCCAAUGUUUUUAAUGUAUUUGUGGGCUUGUUUUGAAUUAAUGAAACAUGUAAUUAUAAUUUCUUUGUCAAUAUAUUUUAGUCAUAAUGGAA